UUAAUAGUAAUAUAUUCCAAACUCAACUUUUUCUAAAAAAUAUUCUUAAGACAAAAUUCAAAUGCCAUUUCGAUGCCUUUCGUCAUCUCCACUUUCUCCUCCUAUACAUAUCCGACACAGUAUUCCCCUUUUUAACCAAUCACCGAUAAUACAAAAACAGGAAGAGGGGCAAUUCAGUCAUUUCAAUGGGUUCGUCGGAGUUAACGACGACAAAUUUAUCAUUAUCAUCAACGACGGCAUCAUCAACUAGAUCAUCAUCAUCAUCAUCUGUUAUAGAUUCAAUAUGGGGAUGUACAGGUUCAACAAUACACAAAGAAGAUUUACGAAAACGUAUUACAAUACCUGAAUAUUUAAGAGUAGCAAUGAGAGAAGCGAUUAUAAACAAAGAUGUUGAUUCUGUGAAACGGCAUUAUGAUAUGGCUUACGCUGAUGGAUCGGAAACUCCUAUUGCAUCGGAAUCUCCGAUCGUUGUGUUUAUUAAUGCUAAGAGUGGUGGGAGACAUGGACCGGAAUUGAAAGCCAGGUUGCAGGAUCUCAUGGGUGAAGAACAGCUAGGGUCCUCUGAAUAUUUUUGGAGUUCACUGAGUAAUGCCACUAAGCUACAAAGGGUUACUCUGAAUUUGGUAGACACAGAGCAUCAACAAGAGAUUGAAGAAGAUUUCGGAGACAGUUCCUUUAUGUAUUGUAUGGUCAAUUUGGCUAUACAGAAAUAGAAGAUGAUUUGAUAGGAAGAAGGAAAUCAUAGAUGUUGUGAAGUUUAAAUGUAUUCAGAAUUUACUAUUUUGUCAUAGAGGUUGUUUGCUGCUGAUAUGUUGGUUUUGUGGACUUGCAAGAAUCUUUAUGUGUGUAACCUUGACAUGACCAGGUUUCUGUAAAUUUUGCAGUCCCUCUUAGUACUGAUAUUUGAAUAAAUAUUUUUGUAUCAUUAUCAAAAAUAUAUUCAAGAAAAGCUCAUAGAACACAAAAUAAGACGCCUCUACUGUAAAAACACCAAUGAGUCGUUCCUAUGAAAUUCAAAGGUUGUACAACACAAGUUUA